ACGAUGGAUUAAAUACAGAAGGCCCCUCGCUGCAUGUUGGGAGCUAGACCGUUCUUCAUUUCUCUCAAGAUGUCGUCCAGCGCUGAGUUGGGCCUGUUGGCUCGUCUGCCUAGUUUGGCGAGUCCGUUGGGAAUUGCCUCAGUUGUUGUCAUUGUGGUUAUUGCGAUUUAUGUGAUUGAGAAGCUCAUCGGUGUUCCUUACCCACCCGAUAUCCCGCUUAUAAGAGAACCAAAGGGCGCUCGUCGCUUUAGUCUUCGUACACGAUGGGCAUACCUUACAGACUGUCAAGCACUCUUCUACGAAGCAUACCACGAAUAUCUCAAGAAAGGCAAACCCGUCGUCAUCCCAGGCUUCGGCGUCAGGAUAGAGGUGUAUUUGCCACAGAGUCAAAUGAAAGGCGUACUUAACCAACCUGAAGACGUUCUCGACAUGGAGCAAGCGUUCGCUGAAGUCGACCAAGUUCGAUGGUCCCUUGGGCACGACAAAUAUGUCGUUGAUGCGUGGCAAGGUCUUGUCGUCAAGUAUGAUCUGAAUCGUGCGAUUGAGAUUAUUGCGAACAACAUGAAGGAUGAACUUCAUGAGGUUUUUGAUGAGCAGUUUGGUACUGAUACGGAGAACUGGAAGAGGAUUGACCUUACCAAGACAGUCAAGAUGAUCGUUGCCCAGGCCGCUAGUCGCUUCACCGUUGGACUUCCACUCUGUCGGAAUAAAGAGUACCUGCAGCUUGCGCUCGAGACUAACGAUCUCUUCAUCAUGAACGCUGGUCUCACAGGCGGUCUACCCCGUAUCCUACAGCCCAUAACCGGAACACUCUUCGGCCAAAUCGUCAAGACAAAAGUAAACAAGAUGAAGAAAUGGAUCAUCCCCCUCCUCAAACACCGCUUCGACAGGAUAAACAACCACCCCGACGAACCGCAACCGCAAGACCAAGUUCAAAUGAUGAUCAACUACGCUCUGCGUCAUCGCCAGCACGAAGUAAACGACAUGGAGUCAUUAGCUCGUCGCGUCGUCGCUCAGAACUUUGGAUCAAUUCACAACACGCAGAUCCAAGUUGUUAACUUGUUCUUGAACGUGUUGGGCUCUGAUGCGGAGUUCAAUACGAUUGCUACUCUGCGCGAUGAGAUGGACCGUAUUCUUGGGACUGAUGACUCUGUGAAUUGGACAAAGGGUGGUAUCCAAGCUAUGACGCGCGCCGAUAGUGUCGCGAGAGAGUCAAUUCGUCUAUGUUCCUUCGGUGGCCGCGCUGUGUUUCGCAAAGUCAUGAUUGAUGACUUCAAGACUGAAGAUGGUCACCGCGUCCCCAAGGGAUCAAUCAUCUCCUUCAUGGGUCACCCUGCACAAACCGAUAACGAACUCUACGAAGACGGUCUAAAAUACGAUCCAUUCCGAUUCUCGAGGGUUCGCGAGACAGCAGCUAACCGCGACGAAAAAGCACCGCCUGUUACGUUUGUCACCACGUCGCCUGAGUUCUUGACCUUUGGCCAUGGGAAGCAUGCGUGCCCGGGACGCUUCCUUAUUGACUUUGAGAUGAAGAUGAUCUUGGCGUAUGCUUUGAGGAAUUAUGAUAUUAAGUUUGCGGAUGAGUAUGAGGGGAAGAGACCGCCGAAUUAUUGGAUUGCUGAGGCGAAUAACCCGCCGAGUGGUGUGCAGAUCAUGGUUAAGAGGAGGGAGAGGACGUAGAUGUUUACUGCAUAGUUCUAUAAUAUCAAGAGAAGAGGAGUACCUUUACCUGAUGUGUCUCAUCAAUACCUCUAGCGACUUUCACAAUAUGUGUCACCGGUGAGGGUGACAAAAGCUGGCUACCAGUGACUAGAUAGGAGGGAAAAAGUAGUUCUUCGGCAUAGACCAGUAGACACAGCACAAGGAUUACAUUCACUGGCUCAAAGCCGGACAUCUCAACUAUGGGGUCUGUAUUCAAGAAUGAGAUAUCCCAUU